AUGUCGACGACGACCGCGAGCGCGGUGAUCGUGAACGUCGCCGCGGCGACGAAGAACGAUGGAACGCGCGCGCCGAGCGCGUCCGAGGCGGCGAACGGGGGAUCGACGAAGAAGAGCGAGGCGGAGGAGUCGUUUUGGAGGCGACACAAGGAAGACCUGCGACAUCUGCUGCCGUACCUGUGGCCGAAGGAUCAACCGUUGCUCAAAGUGAUGUUCACGGCGAGCGUGAUAUUUUUGUUGGCGUCCAAAGUGGCGAACGUCGCGUCGCCGAUCGCGCUGAAGGCGGCGGUGGAUAAGAUUGCGAAGGGGGAGAACGGGUACUUGCAGCCGAUUUUGAUUUACGGCGCGCUGCGGUUCGGGGCGAAUUUGUGCGCAGAGCUGAAGGAUAAUUGCUUCGCGUACGUCGCGGCGCACGCGAGUCGUGGAAUAUCGCUUCGAGUGUUCACGCACGUCAUGGAUCUGAGUCUGAGAUUUCACAUCAAUAGAAAGACGGGGGCGGUGAUUCGGGCGUGCGCGCGAGGUUCGGAGUCGUUCGCGAACUUGUUGCGAUAUAUUUCGUUUCAGAUCGCGCCGAUCUUCUUAGAGGUUGGCUUGGUGUGUGCGUAUUUGUUUUCGCAAUACGAAUGGUGCUUUGCCGUCAUCACCGUCGGCGUGAUCGCGGCGUACAUCGGCUUCACCGUUCCGUUUACGGAGUGGCGAAACAAGUUUAGGAGAGAAAUGGUUCUUGCGGACGACGCGUUCAACCAGAAGGCGACGGAUUCGCUUCUGAAUUUCGAAACCAUCAAAUUGUUUUGCGCUGAGCCGCACAUCACUCACACCUACGACGAAGCCUUGCGCUCGACGCAAAAGGCGACGUUAAAGACGACGCAGUCUCUCGCCGGAUUGAACCUCGGUCAAGCGCUCAUCAUCACCGUCGGUAUUACCGCAUCUCUCGCUCUGGCGGCGAAGCGAGUCGUGGAGGGAAAGAUGACCGUCGGUGACUUUGUUCUAGUGAAUACGUACAUUUUGCAGCUGUACGUGCCACUGAAUUUCCUAGGGACGUAUUAUCGCAUGAUAAAGCAGUGCAUGGUCGACGUGGAGUCAAUGUUCAAACUUCUCAGAGAACACCAAGAAGUGGAAGACUUGCAAGAUUCGAAAGUGCUCGUUCUUAAAUCUAAAGCUGACGCCAGAGUGGAGUUUGAGAACGUUACUUUUGCGUAUAAUCCUAACGAGAGGCUUAUUCUCAAUCGCGUAUCGUUCAUCGUCGAGCCCGGCACAAAGGUGGCGCUCGUCGGACGAUCCGGCGCUGGAAAAAGUACGAUAAGCAAACUCAUCUACCGCCUUUACGACAUACAAGGUGGUGUUAUACGUAUAGCUGGUCAAGACAUCAAGCGAUGCACGCAGCGAAGCGUGCGGUUGCACAUCGGCAUCGUCCCGCAAGACUGCGUCUUGUUCAACGACACCAUCGAGUACAACAUUGGCUUCGGCAAGCUUGGCACGGGGGAAGUCGCCACGACGGAUGAGGUCACGGCGGCUGCGGAGCACGCCCAAUUCGAUGAUUUUGUCAGGCGCCAACCUUUAGGGUACAACACUCUCGUCGGCGAACGAGGUUUGAGGCUCAGCGGCGGCGAGAAGCAACGCGUCGCCAUCGCGCGAGCGUUGUUGAAGAAUCCACCAAUCAUGGUCUACGAUGAAGCGACAUCGAGCUUAGAUACGCACACUGAGAAGCAAAUCAUGGUCGCUAUCAACUUUGCGGCGCAAGGAAGAACAAAUCUCGUCAUCGCGCAUCGUCUGAGUACAGUUAUGGAUAGCGAUAACAUUCUCGUCUUGAAGGAGGGCGAAAUCGUCGAGAGUGGCGAUCACGUCACGCUGCACGGGAAACAGCGUGGCUUGUACAGGGAUAUGUGGGAGCAACAACUUAACUCCAAGAACUCUCGCGAAGAUCGAGUGGCGUCAGCGGCGGCUUUGAAUGGAGGCGCAUCAUAG